AUGUUGGUAUUAUUAACAAAACUGUUUAUUUUGACUCGAAUAGUCAUCGCAAAUUCGAGCAACGAAGAACGCCUUCCGCCGCUAUGGAAUGAAGCGCCUUCUUCAAUUGCUGAUUAUCCCAUAGCUGCUGAUUAUGAAACUCAGAUUAUUGACCCGUGGUUGUAUUUGCACAGACUUGGCAUGUACAAAAUUCUCAUUGACACAACAACACCUCUCAUGCCGUUCUGUUCAUCGAACGAAACAAAUAUUCUGUUCGGCCUACCAAGUCAAUUCGGAUGGCAAUUCACUUCAAAUCGACUGUUUUCUAAUGGUACUCGAAAUGUCUCAACUGAUAGUUGGUGGGGUUCGGCUAACUACUAUUUAUCUGUUAUACCAUUUAUUGCUGCAGCUGAUGCAGGUGUCAUAAAUCAAGGUUCAUUUCGAAUUUUGCAACGAGAAAAUUUUUGCACGAAUUCCGAUGAAUGUUCCCGUCAAGUGCCCAAUGCUAUGAAUAAAUGGAGAAGUUUUUUUACGAAUCUAUUAAAUUCUUCGUUUUGUUUACACGAGAAAUAUGACGCUAGAAUAGUCGAUAAGUGCUACUUAGCACCCUUGUGGUCGGCACAUAUGGCGUCACUCGACGGUGGAUUACCACUUAUUGAAUCGAAAGUAUCUCUAUUGCCAUCGCACAUGGAACAACGUUUUGGUCUCAGUUGGGCUCAUCUAGUUCAAUUCAUCGCCUUGUCUCGAUUGGACACAAAUUUACCGUUAACAAAUAAAUAUCAAGCUGCUUAUUUACCAUUUCGAAUGCUGCGCGAUGAAGAUAAACCACCUCAUUGUAGUGAUUUGCCUGAUACUGUCAAUCAAGCCUUGGAGCUUUUGUUCUUGGUUGACGAAGAUUGGUGGUCACCAUUAGUCAAAAUAUGGGAAAAAGUAACAUGCAACUUCGAAGCAAGACAAGCGUCGCAACAUGUUCUCGAAACAGUUGUCCAAUCGAUUCCAGAAGCGGCAGGUUUUUUUAUCGAAGCUACUAUUGAUGCAGUUCAAUUUAAAUGUGAUGAAUAA